AUGAAAAAAGUGAACUCUGGUUUGGUUUAUUUGGGUUUAAAAAUUGACUCAAGGCAUACAAGGAGAGAGAUUUUGAAAAGUCGUAUAGUUUAUAUUAUUAAUUUUUUUUGGCUCAACGGUGAUGUACUAGGCGCCAUCAUAUGUUUUAUAAAUGCAGUAAUAAAUCUGAAAUCUUUUGAAAAAGCAACUUAUAUAGCACCCUGUUUUGUAUUCAGCACAUUCGCAAAUUCUCGGGCAUAUACCUUAGUACACUACAAUACAGAAAUAAAUUCAAUUAUAAAUACAUUAUUGUAUCUUGAAGAUCGAGAAAAUAAGAAACCAAAGAGUAAAGAACGGAAAGACAUAAUUCAUAGAGGCUUGUGUUUUUUAAAUAUUGUAAUUUCAGGGACAAAGGUCUUGAAUAUAGUUCUUGUUAUGACGUUUUUCGUUAGUCCUUUAGUUUUGGUAGUUGUGAAGUAUUUCAAGACGAACGAAUGGAAGUUGUUGCUGCCAUUUUUGAUAACAUAUCCUUUUGAUCCCUAUGAUAUAAGAUAUUGGCCGUUCGUCUAUAUACAUCAGAUUUGGUCUGAAAUAAUAGUAGUACUUAGUACGUGCUGCACAGAUAUACUACUGUAUAUUUUCUGUACGUUUAUUUCGAUACAGUUUCGAUUGCUGCAAUAUGAGAUACGAAAUAUCUUCAAGAACCAGUGUCGAAACCGAGAAGAAUUUCACGAUGUGUUUAUAGAGUUAGUGAAGUGGCAUCAAAAACUUAUUUGUGUCUCGAAAACUUUGGACAUUGUUUAUACAAAAUCGACCUUACUUAACUUCUUAGUAAGCUCGAUAAUCAUUUGUCUGACCGGAUUUAAUUUUAUGGUGUUUGAAGACAAAAUGUUGGCUUGCACGUUCUUUGUGUUUCUUUCGAGUAAUCUAUUGCAAAUAUUUUUCUUGUGUUACUUCGGUGAUAUGCUAAUGAGAUCGAGUGAAGAAGUCAGUUCAGCUAUAUAUAACAGCGAAUGGUACAGCAAAGGAAGGGGAAUCGGAAAGAAUUUUCAUAUUGUACACGCUAGAUCACAGAAGCCAUGCAAGCUCACUGCCUUCAGAUACGCUGACGUUAAUCUUCGGGCCUUUACAAGUAUCUUGAGUACAGCUUGGUCCUACUUCGCCCUUCUAAAAACACUUUAUAAAUAAACUAGCGACCCGACCCGGCUUUGCACGGAUAGACUAACAUUAGUGUCACACCACAUCCGCUUCUUGCAUCGAGCCGUUGACGAACAAUAUACAACUAUACUCAUAGUCACGCUGAUAAAUUGUCUGAAGCAAACCUCUGCCUACGCGUCUAUUACGGCAGAGUUUUUGUUCAGUUGUGUUUCGACCGCGCUUUGAAUACAACGCCACGCAAUGACUUAGGAAUCAGUGAAAAACUGUCCAAAUAACAGCACAUCCAAACUUUAAAAGGAUAGAGUGUCGUAUUUCAGGUAAGUGCGCAAUUAAAUCAACAAAAUCGUGUAACUAACUUGACGUUUUUAUUCAUUCUAUUACAUUUUAAUUGCUAAAACAAAACGUUCUUGCCUCGUGUUCGCGUGUGUCUCGCGCGUGACGUAGUGUUACUACUUCUAAUGACUUUGAACAUAACUGCUACGAAAUAAGGUGUACUUUGAAUGAAUGUUUUAAUGUUAACAGUACAAGUUAAUGUUACGUAUAUUCAACGCCGCUCGGACAUUUUUUGACGACCUUUUAAUAGGCGAUUGUGAGUCUAGUUGUUUAUUGUACGUCAAUGCAUAGAGCCUGUCAAUUAGAUAUAAAUU